AUGGCUUCUUUCCUUCAUAAUUUCCUGCUCUUCUUCUGUUCUUUAUCUCUUCUCAUUCUCACAUCUUCAGCAACCAAAUCCCAAACCCAAGUCCCCAUCAGACCAAACAAGCUUGUCCUCAAAGUCCAGAAAGAUAGGGCAACCAAUCUCCAUGUGGCCCAAAUUCACAAAAGAACCCCUCUAGUCCAGUUCCCCUUUGUCAUAGACCUAACUGGGAGGUUCUUGUCCGUCAAUUGUGAGAACCAAUACACGUCAUCAACUUACAAAGCCCCUGAUUGCCACUCAAGCCAGUGUGCUAGGGCCAACAGCCACACGUGCCGCACGUGUAGCUCUUCGAAAACCAGACCAGGCUGCCAUUCCAACGCUUGUGGGCUCUUGACCACGAACCCUGUGACCCAACAAAGUGCCCUGGGUGAGCUCGCAGAGGAUGUCCUCAAAAUCCCAUCAACCCAAGUCUCAAGCCCUGGCCCAAUGGUCACACACCCCCAAUUCCUCUUUGCUUGUGCACCUUCCAAUAUCUUGCAAAAGGGGUUACCCAAAAAUGUUCAAGGUGUUGCUGGUCUAGGCCACUCCCCAAUUUCCCUACCAUACCAACUAGCUUCCCACUUUGGCUUCCCACCAAAAUUUGCAGUGUGCCUCACUUCCUCACCUGGCAAAAAUGGCGCCGUUUUCUUCGGUGAAGGACCCUAUUUCAUGAAGCCGGGCAUCGAUGUGUCACGCCAGUUGACCUAUGCCCCAUUGACCAUAGGCCAGCAAGGAGAGUACUACAUCAAUGUUCAAUCAAUUAAAAUCAACAACGCCAUGUUGCCUUCGAUCCCAAAAGGUGGGUUUGGUGGGGCAAUGAUCAGCACCACAACUCCCUACACAACUCUCCAAACCCCAAUUUUCAGGGCACUCAAUCAGCUCUUCAUGAACCAGCUUCGAGGGGUGCCUCGUGUGAAACCUGUGGCACCAUUUGGGGCAUGUUUUGACGCAAACAGAAUCCCUACCAGCAAGAUAGGGCCUACGGUUCCCAGCAUAGACCUUGUUCUAGACAACAAGAAAAACAUCAUGUGGAGAAUUUUUGGUGCAAACGCUAUGAUUCAGCCACGUCCUGGCGUGAUGUGUUUGGCGUUUGUGGACGGUGGGAUGAGGCCUAAGGCUCCAAUUGUGAUUGGGACCCAGCAGUUGGAGGAUAAUCUGCUGCAGUUUGAUUUGAUGAACUCAAGGCUGGGAUUUAGCUCUUCCUUGUUGUUCCGCAGGACCAACUGUGCCAACUUCAACUUUGGCACCUCCUCCACCAGCAAUGAUCCGUAG